AUGGGUCACAAGGCGCUCUGUGUAACUGGUACCGUGCUUCUGUACGUCUCUGUGGGACUCUGCGCUCCAAUGGCUGACCAAUACUCCCGGAGUGUGGAUUGGCUGACGCGGUAUGGGUACCUGCCUCCUCCAGACCCCCGCACAGCCCAGCUUCAGACCAGAGAGGGGAUCGAGAGAGCUAUUAGGCAGAUGCAGAGAUUCGCUGGACUGGAAGAGACAGGGGAGCUGGACCACGCUACUCUCUCCCUCAUGUCGACUCCUCGGUGUUCUCUACCUGACAUUGUUGGAACAGAGGACUUGCUUAAAAAAAGGAGAAGGAAAAGAUAUGCUCUGUCAGGGUUGCGUUGGGACAAGACUGAUAUCAGUUGGAGUGUCCACAGUUAUCCCUCAGGCACCUCACCUCUUCAACCUGAAUUAGUGGAGGCCAUUCUGAGCUACGCUCUCAAAGUAUGGAGUGACGUUACCCCUUUAAAAUUUCGCCAUCUUCCUGGGAGCAAUGCAGCGAGAGGAAGGAGACAGGAAGGGGACAUCAGGGUGUCGUUCAAUCGUUCCUUUCAUGAUGACGGGUACCCUUUUGAUGGUAAAGGCGGCACCCUCGCUCACGCUUUCUUUCCUGGGAUUGCUGACAUCGCAGGGGACGUUCAUUUCGACGAUGAUGAAACAUGGAGCUAUGCAGGUGACAGUCGCAGCACAGACCUCUUUACAGUGGCGGUCCAUGAGUUUGGCCACGCUUUGGGCCUGUCGCAUUCGUCCUCUGACCCCUCCAUCAUGAGACCCUAUUAUCAGGGUGCAGUGGGGCACAUCCAGAGCUACAGCCUUCCUGAGGAUGACAGGCUGGGCAUCCAGAUGCUGUAUGGGAAAAAAGGAGGAGUGAUCAUUCCUGAACCACGUGUCCCAUCCACCCCAAUUCUCCCUCACCAACCCAGUCCUCCAAAUCCAAGAUCAACAAAACACCCAGACCCUUCCCUUCAGGACCGAUGUGAGGGGGGCUAUGAUGCUGUGGCCAAUAUCAGAGGAGAGGUCUUCUUUUUUAAGGGUCCAUAUUUCUGGCGGAUCCAGCAGUCAGGUUCCUUGGUCUCACUCUCCCCAGCUUUGAUACGGAACUUCUGGAUCGGGCUUCCCCCUGGCAUACAGAAAAUUGAUGCUGUUUAUGAGAGGAAGGGUGACAGUCACAUUGUCUUCUUUGUUGGUGAUCAGUACUGGGUCUUCAAGGAUACAUCAUCCCUCCCUGGGUACCCCCGACCCCUGUCGGACUGGGGUUUGCAAGCAGCGAAUGGGAAAGCAUCUGAGAGAGUGGAGGCAGCAUUUGUGUGGGCUCACAAUGGCAAGACCUACCUUUUCAGUGGAGGGGAGUUUUGGAGGUUUGAUGAAGGAGGAAGAGAGACAGGAAGGAGGUUGGAGUCAGGUUACCCUAAAUUUACCACUCUGUGGAAAGGAGUCCCCUCUGACCCUGAUGACAUCAUCAGCUGGGGAAAUGGAGACACAUACUUCUUCAAAGACAACCUCUACUGGGUGCUGCAAAGGGGAGGAAUGGACCAGGAAAUUGUAACUUCUAAAUCCAUUGCAGUCGAUUGGAUGAGAUGUUCCCCGCCACCAACUCCCACCCAUUCAUCAGCCAAGUGUCAUCCUAGAGGCAGGGACUGCAACUGUGACAGGAACAGAACUGUCCUCAACCAGGCUGCUUGCUGGCAAAUCCUGGUGUGCCUUGCUUCAGUUUUCAUGUUUAUUUUCAUUCAUUAA